CAACGUCUCAGGUUAGACCUCGAGCUGAUGGUUCUGAGAGCUGUUCAAAUCUUGUCAUUAAGCAAGACCUUGAUCUCAGACCGACUGGCUUCAACUCGUAUUCCGAAAAUACAGCGACGUCGCAUGAUGACUCGCCCACAGCCUGACGCUGUGGAUUAUGGGCACUUUCAACUGCUCCAGUCCUUUGAGAUAGACUACGCGCCAGUCAAAUUGUCCAAAUGGCGAAGUAGCAAGACUGGUCUAACAGUAGUUGUUGGCGAGCAUGCCACUCCGAUAACAAACGGUCAUUUCACCAUCGCCUCCGAGAUCUUCGAUGAUACCGGACGACCACAUACCUUAGAACAUCUUAUCUUCCUUGGUUCCAAGUCUUACCCUUACAAAGGUGUGCUGGAUCAUCUCGCCAACCGUGCAGGCAGUAACGGAACCAAUGCCUGGACUGCAAAUGAUCACACGGCAUACACCAUAGCGACCGCUGGAACCUCAGGCUUCCUGGACAUGCUGCCUAUUUACAUCGAUCAUAUUCUACACCCGACUUUAACCGACGCAGGCUUUGUGACAGAGGUCCAUCAUAUCAAUGGAAAGGGCGACGAUGCGGGCGUAGUCUACAGUGAGAUGCAGGCUCGAGAAAAUCAAGCAGGUGACUUGAUUGCCUUACAGACUCAGCGUACCCUUUACCCCGAGAGCUCUGCCUAUAGAAGCGAAACCGGAGGACUGAUGGCGAUGUUGCGCCGUUUGACCGCAGCUCAGAUCCGCGAGUAUCAUGCCCAGUAUUACACACCGUACAAUCUCUGUCUGCUCAUUGAUGGCUCUGUAUCUCUACCCGACCUGUUCUCGGUGUUGAACACAAAAGUCGAUCCUCUUAUUCUGGAGAAUGUUUCCCCGGAUCAGCCUCUUCCCCCUACCGAUUGGAAGCGGCCUUUUGUUGAGACGACCACCUCGAAACCACUUCUCAUUCCCGAGUCACGCACCACCGUCGUCGAAUUCAUGGAAGAAGACGAGAGCAUCGGCGAGAUCUCCUUGACCUUCCUUGGCCCUCCACCAACAGAUUAUCGGACAAAUCUUGCCAUCAAACUUCUUGGCCAGUACUUGACGGAGACGGCAACGUCACCCCUGCAGCAGAAAUUCGUGGAGAUUGAGCAGCCUUUCUGCACCGGCAUAGGCUUGUAUUCUGAGGAUCGAGUCAAUCAGAAUGAGUUGACGAUGUACCUCUCGGAUGUGCCCGCCAAAUUCUUGGACACCCUAGCAAGCGAUGUUGUUCGGGAGUUGCAAAGUAUCGCCAGGACCAAAGGGCUCGAUAUGGAGAGAAUGGCUCGGGUGAUCAUGAGAGACCAACGGAAACUGCUGAACACGAUGGAGACGAGCGUCAGUAAUGUCCUCUCUGAUGCUGUCAUUGGUGAUUUCCUGUACGGAGCCAGAGACGGAGAGGAGCUGCCAGGAGCCUUCAACGAUACGAAAGACUACCAUCAUUUGAGCCAGUGGAGCGCUGCUGAUUGGAUCAAUAUUCUGGACAAGUAUCUGCUCUCCGCCAAGAGCAUUAUCAUGAUAGGUAAACCCUCGGCGAGCCUAGCGUCAAAGAUCGACGAGGAUGAGAAGACGCGAAUAUCACAAAGAAAGGCCGAGCUGGGCGAGGAGAAAUUGCGGGAUUUGCAACGACAAUUGGAUAAGGCCAAGGCUGAAAGCGACGUGCCUCCACCCCCUGACAUGAUCCGAAAUUUCCCAAUAACGGAUCCCUCGACCCUAACUUGGGUCCCCUGCGAGACGGCCGUUAUUAAUGCAGCUGGGCAAGAGAUUUGUGGCGACCGGGGCGAUCUUCAGCGCCGACUUGACGCAGAACAUGUCGAGGUCCCUUUCCAGACGCAUUUCUCACAGGUCGAGUCGAAUUUCGUAUCAGUCUCCAUAUUAUCCGACACCAUCGACCUUCCUUCAGAGUUGCGGCCUUACAUGUCGCUCUUCUCUGCUGCGUUGUUCAACGUAGGCGUGAAACGAAUGGACGGUACCGUUCUGUCUUACGAGACAGUCGUGGAUGAACUCAGCGACUUCACGGUUGGCCAGAGCGCAGCUUUGAGCUAUCGCGGUGACUUUGCCGAGAUACUCGUCAUCUCUCUCAAAGUCGAGUCGAAUGAUUUUGCCAAAGCGGUAACAUGGAUCAGAGACGUCGUCACAGGGAGCAUAUUCGAUGCGAAGCGUCUGGCAGUGAUCGCUGCAAAACAGUUACAAGAGCUUCCAUACGAAAAGCGUAACGGUAAUGCCAUAGCGCGUGGAUGGGCCAACAGACUUGCAUUCGACAUGGACAAAUCAACCUCCGAGUCAACUGCCGUGCUUUCACUAUUCGACUUUUACCCGCUAGUUGUCAACAAGCUACAGGACUCGCCAAGCGAGGUCGUCUCAGCACUGGAGGCCUUGAGGGGGCACGUCUUGAACUCCUCCACUUUCAGAGUUUCAGUCGUUGGGGAUAUCAACAGGUUAAAUGGGCCAAAAGCCGUUCUUGCAGGAGCAUUCCGGGAUGUCAAGACGCAAAAAUUGCGUCUUCCUUCGACCUCGCGAGAGACUCUAUCAGCUCUGGGACAACAGCCCCGCAGCAAACUCGCACUCAUCCCUAUGGCAUCCAUCGAGGGCUCAUAUGCUGUCAUGUACGCAAAGGGUCCCGCGGGUUGGGAGCAUCCAGACUCUGCAGCUAUUAUACUUGCAGCUGCGACCCUGAACGCCUCCGAAUCCUAUCUCUGGAAGUAUAUCCGUGGCUCAGGACUGGCCUACGGGUGCUGGAUCCAGGUCGAUCGAGAGUCGUCUCUUGUAGAAUUUGCCGUCUACAGAAGUCCAAACGCGCGAGAAGCCUACACAACGGCCGCCAAGCUCAUACGAGGACUAGCGGACGGCACAGAAAAACUAGAUCAGGAUAUUGUGGAUGGCGCGCGAUCGACUCUGACCUAUGAUUACGCAUCGAAGGCUAGCACUGUUGGCGCUGCGGGCACAGCAGCAUUCUCCAACGAGGUUCUUAAGGGCCUCCACAAAAACGCUGAUCAAGAAAUGCUGAGCAAGCUACCAGCGAUCACCCUUGACGAGAUACGGGACGUUAUAUCACGAUAUUUCUUACCCUUGUUCGAUGCUAACACAGCCUUGGGGGCGGUAAGCGUGAACGCCGGAAAAGCGGAUGAGAUGGAAUCAGAAUUCGCCGAACUGGGUUUCUCAGUCGAAAGGCGAGAGCUGCCGGUAUUCGACGAAGACGGCAGCAUGGGAGAGUCAUCUGGCGAUGGGAGCGAAAGUGGGGACGAGAGGAGCAGUGAUGGCAUGGAGGAGAUCAUGAGCCCAUAAGGCAAUGCCACAUUCUAGCAUUGGACAUUUAGCUCUUCUCCGAUGCACGGAGCAUGUGUCGGAG